AUGUCUGUGAUUUCUCCGCAAGGGAGCGUCUCGCGUGACCCCUUUGAACUUGAGCGACUGGCCCAAGAACUUGCCGAGCGCGAGCAGCUUUCCCCGAAUCACAGCCAAUCAUUCUCUCUCGACGAGGCCUCACAUGAUCUCCCACUCUACGCGCCGCUGUCACACAAUAAUCCCUACUUCACUGCGGAGACCUUCAAUGUUGAGGAGUUCCUGCUCUCGCGGACGCACACUUCGCUGCCGGACCUGCGCUCGGAGUUGCGAGAUUACCUUGCUACUUUGAAGGAGGAGCUCGUCAAGCUCAUCAACGACGACUAUGAGGCCUUCAUCAGCUUGAGUACGGAUUUGCGAGGGGAGGGUGCGCGGCUGGAGCAUCUCAAGUCACCACUGGGAGACCUCAAGGAGGAGAUCACGGAAUCCAAAAACGAACUUGAGCUGGUUCAGGACAACAUUGAGAGCAGGCUCAAACAACGCGUAUCCCUACGAGAAGAGAAGGCAUACCUACAUCUACUGUUGAAGAUCAGCGAGUCAGUCACCCGGCUUGAAUCCUUACUGCUCAUUGCAUCAACCGACUCUCCUACCUCGCCCCCUCAGAAGACCAUGCCGCUCUCAAAAUCCCUCAGUAACGAAGAGGAUGCUCCAGAGGAUAGAUCGCGCGGAAGCCGAGCGAAACACCUGGCACGCGUUGCAGCCGAGUAUACCCAACUACUAUACCAUGUAGCGAAGGCACAGACCGAUGGGCAGUCUGCAUUCAUAGACGACAUUCAGUGGCGUAUCAACCGAAUACAGUCCACGCUUUCCUCGGAUCUCGACCACCUUUUCGCACAGACACUAUCUUCUUUGACCGACGCGAAUAAGGGCGACCGAUCCAAGCUCAUGAUCGACGUUACGGAAUGCCUACGAACGUACGACAUUAUGGGCCUGUGGAGAGACGCGGAGGAUGUAUUACGGCGUGACGUUGUGCGGGAGUUUGUCAAGAAGACCAUCUUCCCCGGUGCAUUGAACGCGCCUCACUCCCCGCUUCUUCCAACGACCCCCUUCGCGGUUCGCAGCAAACCUCCACUAACGGCUGGCCUACCUCCUCGCACACCCUAUACACCCUUCACCGCCUUUGCCUCCAAAGGCGGCUUCUUCGACUUACCUUCGACAUCUGCGAACCUUCUCGAUGAUUACGACAAUCCUUUGGCGGGCUUGUACAACAGCAUCCUCAAGUUCGUCGAGCGCGAUCUCAAGCAAGUCAUGGAUAUUGCCGAGAAGGUACACGCGAAGUCCACGACCAAAGCGCCGGCCGGCUCGACUGUCGAUCAGCCCACGUUCAACAUCAUGGCGAAUGUAAUCUGGACUGAGGUUGGGAGGGCGAUCCUAGAUGACUUAGGCAGUGUUGUAUUUGCCGCGGGCAAACCGAGUGAAUUCCGCAAGCACCACGAGACGACACAAGCGUUUAUUCGAGCAUUGCAGUACAUGGCGCCUUCUGCGACCGCCGUAGAUGCUAUGGUCAAGCAUCCGGUCUACACGGCUGUUGAACGAAGGUGGCAGUUGCCUGUGUACUUUCAGCUGCGUUGGAAGGAGAUCGUUGCCCCUCUAGAGGAAACAUUGACAGCAAUCAAGCUGGAGCCGAAUCCUGACAAGGGCAUUGCGUUCGCGUCAAGACAAGCAGCCGCUCUCUGGACGGCAGUCGAAUCAUGUUGGAGCGGGGAGAUCUUCAUGCCUCAGCUUGCUCAUCGCUUCUGGAAGUUGACCUUGCAAGCACUGAGUCGAUACCGGACAUGGCUCGAGCGCAACGUAUCCGCCCUUGAUACCACGUCCAAACCUUUACGUUCAGCUCUCGAAGAGAAGUCCGGUGGUCCGAACUCGCCGCGACCGGGAACGCCCAGUCAAAACACCGAAGUGUCAGCAGUGGAGACCGCCGCGGAAGACGCGAACCUGCGACAGAUGGCGCUCGCCAUGGUGGACAUCAAAGCGCUGGACGAGCGCACGUGGCAGUUCUGGCGGGAUGCCAUCUGUAUCAUGUUGCCCGAACCUGAGGAAGACGAGGCUCCACUGGCUGCUGAGGAUGCUUUGAGGGCUACGUUAUCCACUCUGACGGACCUACAACCGAUCAUGUCGGCUCAGAUCGUGGCUAUCCUCAGUAGACGCGCGUGCGAUGCACUCGCGCCAGUGCGGACCAUACCCGCACAGUUGCGCGGGAUGUCGAGCAAGAAGAUACCUGCGACACCUAGCUACUUUGUCGACGCUCUUCUUCGACCGGUCAGGUUGUUCUUCGGUAUCGAGACGGCGGAGGGGCCAGGGGCCGCUCUCAAGGAGAGCUCACUGAGGCCUUACGCGGAAGAGGUCUUCGAAAACGUCGUUCAGAGGUUCAUUUCCCAUCUCGCAGCCCUCAAAAAGAACGAGGAUGCUCUGCGCCGCCUCAAGAAGGGCAAGAAACCGAUGUUUGCGCUCUUUGGCGGUGGAGGUCCUAGUCGCGAGGACGAGAACCGUGACGAGCAGCGUAUCCGCGCUCAGAUGAUAUUGGACGUCGAAGCGUUUGGGAAGGACGCGGAGAAGCUUGGGGUAGACGUGAAGGCUUCGGCCAGCUUCAAGGCCCUCGAUGAGCUUGUCCAUGCAAGCUUCACGGACGAAGCUGCCUCCGGUGCAUGA